AAGGCAAGGCAGCUCUCAAGUUGAUCAGUCUGCUCAGGAAACCUCUGGUGGAGAAAGUAUUGGAGUCCAAGCUGAAGGGGGAGAGAAGUUGAGAUUUUGUGCAAAGAAUUGCUUUGCUCAUGCAGAGGACAGUACCUCGGGAAAAAUAUAGCACACAUAUUUGAAACUUGUCAUUUGAACUCUUUUUGCACGGUGCACAGCUCCAAGCCUGUAAUUAAUGUUUUGGUUUUUUUUUUUCUAAAUAGAUAGCAACACUCUUGGAUAAAGACUCUUGGCUUUAGCUGUAAAAAUCGGAUUAUCUGACUGAGGCAUUGUGUUCAUUAGACCAGUCUACUUUUUCCCCUCCUCUUCGCAUUUGAGGUUUAUGCUAUAACUGAAGAGAAGACCAACAAUGAUUCUGAGUUUUUGCCUCUUGGUGACAUUUAUCUUGGGGCUGUCCGGGUGCUUGGGCUCAUACGUGCCGUGCGAGCCUUGUGACCAGAAGGCGCUGUCCAUGUGCCCUCCGGUCCCGGUCGGCUGCCAGCUGGUCAAGGAGCCGGGCUGCGGCUGCUGCCUAACGUGCGCCCUGUCUGAGGGGCAGGCGUGCGGCGUUUACACCGGGACGUGCACCCAGGGCCUCCGCUGCCUGCCGAGGAGCGGGGAGGAGAAGCCCCUGCACGCCCUUCUCCACGGCAGGGGAGUGUGCACCAACGAGAAAGGAUACAAACCUGCUCACCCGCCCAUAGAUCGUGAGUCUCGAGAACACGAGGACACCAUGACCACAGAGAUUACAGAGGAGCUGCAGCCAGCCAAAGUGCCGCUCCUUCCUAAAGACAUUGUGAACAGUAAAAAAGUCCAUGCGCUGCGCAAGGAGCAAAAGAGGAAGCUGGGCAAGCAGCGCUCCAUGGGCUCCCCCAUGGACUACUCCCCCCUGCCCAUCGACAAGCAUGAGCCUGAAUUUGGUCCAUGCAGAAGAAAACUGGAUGGGAUCAUUCAGGGGAUGAAGGACACUUCUCGUGUAAUGGCUCUAUCUUUGUACCUCCCCAACUGCGACAGAAAAGGAUUCUUCAAGCGCAAGCAGUGUAAACCAUCUCGCGGCCGCAAACGAGGCAUCUGCUGGUGCGUGGACAAGUAUGGCGUCCAGCUCCCCGGCACAGACUACAGCGGAGGGGACAUUCAGUGUAAAGACCUGGAGAGUGGCAACAACAAUGAGUGAAAAGGGGAAGACCACCCUCGAACCCCUACCACCAACCCCCACCCCCUAACCACCACGUGACCCAGGGCCCACGCCUCCUCUCUGAAUCACACCUGUAUGCUCCGCCCUCUGUUCACUUCAAGAUUUUUGUUUUGUUUUUUUUGUUUUGUUUUUUCAAAUUGAACAAAAAAGGAAGAAAAAAAAAAUCCAAACGAAAGAACAGGCUGAACAAAAGACACCUGUAAUUUUUUUUUCUUUUCUUUUCUGUUGUUGACCAAGCACUCGUCGUCGAAUGAGGGGGAAAAGUCCCGGAAGAUUUAAAUAGAGCCCUUGACUUAUUGCUCAUGGGACCCCUCGUAUGAGCCGGGUCCCCUGAUUGCAGAUCCAUGAAAAUAUAUGCACACAAUGGAUAUAUUUUUAUAGAAGCUGGGGGUUUCAAUACAACACUUUGUAUGAUGUAACAUUAACACAAAAUCAUUUUGAAGAAAAAAAAAAAAAAAAGCAUCAGGCACAUUGAUUGAAAACAGAUCCGUUUUUAGGCUGUGGAACAUGAUGCUACUGUGGAACUGAUGAUUGGCUGUUGAGUAUUUUUGUUGGUUUGUUUUUUUUGUAUGUUUUUCCAAAAAGAAAGAAAGAAAAGCAACAAGUGAUAGAGAUAUGCUUUAACAGUUGACUCUAUCUGGGUAUGUGGUUCUGUCAGAGCACUUAUGAAUAGGGGAACCUGCUUAGAUAUGUGUAACUUCACAAAGCGAUGCAUGCAUGAAUGUGCGUAUGUAUGUAUACAGUGCGAGUGCGUGGUAUGUAUCAGCCUAUGUUGGUGUAUGAUGGAGUGAGCCUAUUACAAAAAACAAAAAAAGAAUGUUCUAAUUUCUUUCCUUUUUGUUUUUUUUUGGUUUUUGUUUUGUUUUUUUUGUCACAAGUAUUGCUAGCGCUUGAAGUGGUCUUGGGGCUGGCCUUCUCUUUAUUGUAAAGCACGUCUCGGGACAGACACGGAGCAUUCGUAAAACAAAAGAGCGAGCAGAUCGUCACAGAUGAACCUACGUUAAGUGGCUCUUCGACAAUGUAGCUAGCCUGAUAUGCCAACUGUGCCUAUUUUGAACAGACAAUGCCAUGCAGGGCGACACAAAGCUUAGAGAGAGCGCUGACUCUACUGGUGAAAUAAAGAUUCUCCCGUUUCUGUGACGGGACUCGAGUUUGACUUCGACCUUUUCGACGACGCGUUCGGCGCGUAAACCGAACUUGCCAGUCAAGGCCGGUCGCUUCUCUGAUUCAGUUGUGUGAAGUGUAGUUUUGUAUGGUUUUGUUUGUGCUGUUGUUCUUUGCCUUCAGUGAAGUAAAAAGACCACCCACUUUUGAGCCAUGUUCCUUUAUCAAGUGGUUUCCCCUCAGUACUGCUACUACAGUGUAACCAUGGUGUAUUACAUUACUUUUAAAUAUAGUUAUUGAAUGUUGUUUUUCCUGUAGAGACAAAAAGUAUGACAACAAUGUAAUUGUGCUUGGAAAAAAAAAGAUUUUUAGCCUGUAAAGAAUUUGCAUAGGUCCUUGUAGCCUGACCCUGAGUCAUUCGACUUACUGGGCAGUCAAAGAAGCUAACCCCCUGCAGCCCUUCUGCGCACAUGCCCCCAUGCAAAGGUUAUCUACCUACAUCUAAGGGGAGCAUGAUGAAAAUAAAAAUGCUACAGGUUAUAACAGGGUCAUUUAAGUAGAGUUGUUCUCUCUCUGUGUGCAAGUCACAGUGCCUUCCUACAUGCAAAUACAUUAAAUAGUGACGUGAAAGUGACAUGGAUAUCAUACAGGGCAAUUUGCUUUCUCACACUGCCCCCCACCCCCCCCCCCCCCCCCACCCCACUUCCCCCCAGGGCUGAUACUUGAUACAACAAAUAGGUCUAGGUUUAGUUUUGAUCAAGAGAAGAACAGUGAAUGUGGUAGGUCCUGUAAAUGGUGUCAGCGAACACAUUUGCAAUCUGCCUGUACCUCGGGGCAUAUUCUGGACAAGAAUGACGCUGUGUACCCGCAGUUGGUUCGACCUCCCUCUUUCUCUGACAACCGAUAAGCUAGGAUUCUUGCUUUUUUUUCAUGUGAAUGCCAAUGUAUAUGAUUGCCAGAGAGGGGAAGCCAAAGGAUGCUUGGAGGUAAAUCAACCAUUUCCUUUGCUGCAACAAAAGGGAAAUGAUAUGUGCAUCCUAAAUGGUUUCCGGGUUGUGAAUAUAUUAUCAAGGCUCCUAAGCCCCUCUUCCAACACCAAAUCCCAACUACCACUUUCGAAAAAAAAAAAAAAGCAGCUUGCACUUAUUUCAGUUACUCACUAUUGAUAUUGACACACAACGACGUCCUAAGAUGUGGUAUCAUGAAGUUAGUGGAACAAAUAAUAAAUAAAAAAAAAAAAAAAAAACAGCCACAAAAGCUAAAUGUUGUGUUAUCUUGUGCUUACCUUGUAAAGGUGGUGCUUUGAGGUAAUAUUUGUCGACAGGGGCUGUGCAGCCCAUGCCUGGGACCUCCGAUACAGAAACAUCUUUUAGGGAAAAAAAAAAAAUAGCUUGAAACGUGACACACAGCUAGAGAUGUUCUCAUGGCCUACUGCACAGAGAGAGGGGGAAAGAGACAGAGGAGAGAGGGAAGAGGAAGAGCGAGCGCCAUGGGCAGUGGUCAUAAUCAGGGCCUAGCCACUUCCCCCAAUACGGGGCCACCAACUGCAUGACAUUAGAUACAGUUAGCAAGACAGUUAUCAGGACUCAGAGUCAUUGAAAUCUGGGGAAUGCAGUACUGCAACCAGGAGUGUGAAGGAGUAUUAGAAUCUGAAAUACUCUCUGAAAUGUCUGAUAUCUGGGACCCUUUAAUGUCUGGAUCAAUCAAGGGUUUGAAAACUGAAAUGUUCCAGGUUGAGGUUCAGGAGAAAAAAAAAAAGGUCUCCUCUUUCUUGCAUCAGCAGCUUCCUGUCUCUCGCACCUGGUUGCGAGUAGUGACUCCCUCAGGUUUCUCCUCUCCUGCUUGGUUUAAAAUCCAUAUUCACAUGUCAUACUUCAGUAGUACAGUAAUUACAGUACAGCUUUUUUCUGAAUACAUAACACUUUUUGGUUGUAAUGAGACAACACAAUUGGUUUUUAUAAUUUGGUGUUCACUGGCUUGUGAAAUAGACCCAUCGGUGGCAGGAGGAUAGUGGGAAAUAAAAUGGUCAGUAUUUGGAACUACAUAAGACAAAUAAAAAAUAAAAAGAAAAAAAGAAAAAAAAUCUCAAAUUAUUAAAGUGAAUAUCACUGUGUAAUAUUUAUUCAACUUGUAAUUUAUGUACUCUUUUAACCUUUGUCUUUUUUUUUGUUAUGACAAAGCAUUUAUUUAAAUAAAGUUAUGUAUUCAUUUAA